AUUCUUAGCUUCGUCCCGAUGGACUUGAAGACAUGCUACCAGAAGGCGGACACGAACUUCCUGUCGCGGUCGGAGACGAUAUUCGUCGGCAUGCCGUGUAACUUCCAGAUGUUGUCGAUGAAGAGUCGAGCAACACCUUCGGCGUUCACCUUCUUGAUAGAGUCGACGCCCCGCUCCGUUCGCGGCAGAUCAGUGAUGAAGUCCAUGGAGAUGGAUCUCCAACGCUCGUCUGGAAUACUGAGUGGCUCGAGCAAUCCAGGAGGUUUCGUCAACCGCGGCUUUGUCAAGUACGUACGUUCCGCACCGGGAUGGCCUCCGCAGUUGGUGUCGUGA